AUGAACCAAAGGUCUACCCAAACCAUGAGCUGUAACAGUGAGCCCAGAACCUAUCCAUGUACCAUUUGUGGUGACCAAAGUCAUAUUGGACCUCAGUGCCCCUUGUUUUACCCUAGUGAAACUACUCGUGACCAAGUUAGUGUCCUACAUGGUGGUAUGAAUUCUAAAUUUGAGGGUAGACCCAAGUUUGAUCCCUAUUCUAAUACAUAUAACCCUAGUUCGAGACAUAACCCUAAUUUUUCGUGGUCUAAAGGUGCCCAACAGGGUGGACCAUCUAGCAACCCACCACCAGGUUUUCAUAGGAACCAAAAUCAAUUCCAAGAAUCGAGCCCAGUUGAACAAAAGGUGUCAUCUCUAGAGGAAACUCUAAGACUCUUUAUUGAAGGACAUAGGUUCGAUGAAGUUCAACGUAACCAACAAAACAGUGACCGAGAUAUAUCCAACAUAGAGACUCAGAUAAUUCAACUGUCAAAUAGGUUAAAUGAUAGGGAAAACGGGAGAUUUCCUAGCCAAACGACUCCAAAUCCGAAAGGAGUUAACCAGGUUAAUGGGUCGGGUAGUUCUAACCACAAUGAACAUGUCAAAGCAGUUAUCACCCUUAGGAGUGGUAAAACUCUAGAGAACUCGGUAGAAUCACCUAAGGACAGUAGUCUAACUGAAAAAGAGACUGAGGUUGACCAAACUUCGUCUAAAGACCCUAAUGAUCCUGAGAGUGACAAGAGUCCAAGUGAGGAAUCUACCCCUGAGAGAGUGUACGUACCACCCGUACCAUUUCCUCAGAGACUUUCUAAGAAAAAGCCUAGUACGUAUGCUGAAAUCCUAGACAUCUUUAAGCAAGUUAAGGUCAACCUGCCCUUGUUAGAUGCAAUUAAACAUGUACCAUCUAUGGCUAAGUUCCUAAAAGAGAUGUGCACUGUCAAGAGAGACGCGAGUAAACAAACAAUAGACAAUUGUCUAUUAGAUCUUGGGGAUAGUAUGAAUCUUUUACCAUUCUCGGUAUAUGAAAAACUUGGACUAGGGGAGAUGAAACCAACUAGGAUAACACUACAGUUAGCCGAUAGGUCAGUCAAAAUCCCACGUGGAAUUAUUGAAGACGUUUUGGUUCAGGUAGAAAACUGUAUCUAUCCAAUUGACUUUGUGAUUUUAGACACUCAACCUGUCUCUAGUCAAGACAUCCAUAUCCCAAUCAUCCUAGGUCGUCCGUUUCUAUCCACUGCAAAUGCAGUCAUACAUCGUCAAACUGGCCUAGUAGAAUUUUCCUUUGAGAAUCAGAAAAUCUCGGUGAACGUUUUUAAGGAAUUGCAAGCCCCACCGGACCCUGAACACUAUGAGUCUAUAUGCAUGAUUGAUUCUCUAGUUGAGAAUACCUUUACCACAAAUAAUGUUAGUGAUCCUUUAGAGGCGUGCUUGGCCCACUUUGGAGCCUACUAUGAUGAUGAUAGUCAUUUUGAAAAAGUUAAUGCGUUGUUAGAUUCUGCCCCAGUAAUGGAUUAUGGAAAAUGGCAGCGUAAACCAGAACCUCUUCCGCCGACCAUAGAUAAACCCCUCCCAUCAUCAGUUAAGGCACCCACCCUUGAAUUAAAGCCGCUACCAGAUAUACUGAAAUAUGUAUUUCUUGGUAAUGAAAAUACUCUUCCUGUCAUAAUUGCCUCUGACUUAGAGCCCGAUCAGGAAAGUAGACUAGUUGUCCCAAAGAAGUCUGGGAUUACAGUAGUUGCGAAUGAGAAAAAUGAAUUGAUCCCUACCCUUGUUACUACCGGGUAG